AUGGCUUGGGGAGUUGGUAGCGUGCACCUUCGCCUCAAAAAGCGCAACCCGACAGAUGACAACCAAAACACGCUCGCUGCGGGGGAGGUGGAAAAGGAUCUCGGUAUAGAAGAGAUCAUGGAAGCCUCCCUCAACAUACAGGAAGUGGAGAAGGGUGACUUGGAGGUAGUAUCCAACCCCGAGAAGGUACUGAAGCCAGAUGCUGAAAGUCCUUCAGAUAAACCUCCACAAAAUAUAUGUUCUUACAUUGAUAACAAUCUCUCUUCAGACGAUCUGACAGUGGUGGCGCUGGAGGGCUGCAAGGAUGAGACGCUACUCUUUGGGUCCUGCUAUAUGCCACAUGAUGGAGAAGCACCACAGACGGAACUUCGGAAGCUGGUAGAAACAGCUGCCAGAAAGAAGCACGCUCUGGUGGUAGGAACGGACGCAAACGCACAUCACACGGUCUGGGGAAGUGCAGAUAUAAACGACCGAGGUGAGUCACUAUUUACCUAUAUUCUUCAAAGUAGCCUAGAAAUAGCUAAUAGAGGUGAAGAACCAACAUAUGUGGGACCAACCUCGAAGAAUGUACUCGAUUUAACACUCUACACAAGCAGGCAUGUUAUGGUUCAGGAAUGGGAAGUGUUGAGUAGGCCCUCAUUCUCUGAUCACAGAUACAUAAGCUUUCAGGUCAUAUUCCGCUCAAAGAACAAGAUUACAUCCUUUAGAAAUCCUAAGAAUAUGAACUGGGAC